CACAGUCACAUAGCUUUCAUGGAGGAGGAGAAGAAGAUGAACAGUCGUAGAUGCAGAGACAUGGAGGAGGAGGAGACACAAUAUCUUCCUCAUGACCUGAUCAUCACCCAAAUCCUCCCAAGAUUACCAGUGAAAUCUCUUGUACGUUUCAAAUGCGUUAAUAAUUUUUGUUAUCUAUAUGGUUUUGGGUAUGAUCAAUUCAGAGAUGAUUACUUGGUAGUUUCAGUCUCUAAUGAUAUAACCAUAAAUUAUGGUGUUAAUUCGCGAUUGGAGGUUUUCUCAUUGAGAGAUAAUACAUGGAGAGAAAUCGAGGGCAACUUCCCUUAUUUCAGUAAUACGUGGACCGAUGGUUCGCCUAGAGUAGGAUUGCUCUUUGGUGGCGAUAUUCAUUGGUUGGCUGCAAAGAUGGCUCCAGAUGAAAAUAGUUAUGACGAUGUUAUUCUUACAUUUGAUUUAAUGGAAAGGAAACUUUUAGAUAUGUCUUAUCCUGAUGAUUUUGACUUUGAACCUGAUGACAAUUGUGCUUUAUGGGUAUUUGGAGAAUUUUUUAGUUUGUGGGUUUCCGACUAUGUUAAUUGUAGUGUUGAAAUAUGGGUGAUGAAAGAGUACAAAGUGCAUUCGUCUUGGACAAAGGCUCUUGUUUUUCCUAUUGAAGGCCUUUCCACUUGGUACUUUUACCCGAUAUGUUCUACAAAAACUAGUGACAUAGUCGGAACAGAUGGCGAAAAUGUAUUGCAGAAGUAUAAUGGUCAAGGUCAACUUCUAGAGCAUGAAUCUUAUUGUGAAGAUCCACUUGAAUCUCUAGCGACCUUGUAUACAGAGUCUCUGCUUUCGCUACCUGGUGACAAUAUGCUAGUCUAA